AUGGGAGUUCCAGCAUUAUUUAGAUGGUUAUCUAGGAAAUAUCCCAAAAUCAUUUCACCAGUAAUUGAAGAAGAUGAAUAUGAAAUAGGAGGAGCAAAAUAUGAAGAUCCAAAUCCAAAUGGAGAAAUUGAUAAUUUAUAUUUAGAUAUGAAUGGUAUAGUUCAUCCAUGUUCUCAUCCUGAACAUAAAAGACCACCAGAAACAGAAGAUGAAAUGUUUUUAGAUAUUUUCACAUAUACUGAUAGAGUUUUAAUGAUGGCUCGACCUAGAAAAGUUUUAAUGAUUGCAGUUGAUGGAGUUGCACCAAGGGCUAAAAUGAAUCAACAAAGAGCAAGAAGAUUUAGAUCUGCUCAAGAUGCAAAAUUUAAAGAAGAAGCAAUAGAGAAAGAAAUUCAACAAAAAGAAGCUAGAGGAGAAAUUAUAAAUGAUUCAGUUAAAAAGAAACAAUGGGAUUCUAAUGCUAUUACACCAGGUACUCCAUUUAUGGAUAGAUUAGCAGAAGCAUUAAGAUAUUGGGUUGCAUAUAAAUUAAGUAAUGAUCCUGGUUGGGCUAAUUUACAAGUUAUUAUAUCUGAUGCUACAGUACCAGGUGAAGGUGAACAUAAAUUAAUGGCAUUUAUAAGAUCACAAAGAGCUGAUCCACAAUAUAAUCCAAAUACAAAACAUUGUAUAUAUGGAUUAGAUGCAGAUUUAAUCUUUUUAGGAUUAGCAACACAUGAACCACAUUUUAGAGUAUUAAGAGAAGAUGUUUUUGCAAAUCAAGAAAAACAUAUGACUGUUUCUGAUCAUGUUGCAAUGACUAAAGAUCAAGCUACUCAAAUAGAAGCAAGAGAUAAAAGAAAACCAUUUUUAUGGUUACAUGUUAAUGUACUACGAGAGUAUUUAGAAAUUGAAUUAUAUAAUCCACAAACUUCUUUCCCAUUUGAUUUAGAAAGAGCUAUAGAUGAUUGGGUUUUUAUUUGUUUUUUCGCAGGAAAUGAUUUUUUACCUCAUUUACCAAGUUUAGAUGUUAGAGAUAAUGGUAUUGAUACUUUAGUAAAUUGUUGGAAAAAAUGUGUACCUAGAUUACGAGAUUAUGUUACAUGUGAUGGAAAAUUGAAUUUAGAAAGUGUUGAAGUAUUAUUGAAGGAUUUGGCUAUACGAGAAGAUGAAAUUUUUAAAAACAGACGUCAAGUUGAAAGGAGGAAAGAAGAAAAUCGAAAAAGAAGAAAAUUAGCUGAGGAACAAGAUAAAGCUUUGAAAAAUGUUUAUAUGUCACAAGUAUCGAAAGGUAAAGACAAGGCUCCAAUGGCUGCAGAUAUUAAUAUGCCAUUGAUGGAUACAAGUGGUAAAAAUGUCGAAGGUUAUGCUCAAUUAAGUAAUAAAGAUAUUGUUAAUAAUAGAGAUACAAUAACGUUAGCUGGUAUGGCCAAUAAUGAUGCUGCUGCUGCAUUGAAAAAACUUAUUGAUUCCAAAAAACAAUUGAAAGAGGAAACUCCGGAAACAAGCACGGCUAGUAAUACUGAUGUCGAUGAUAUACCCAAGAAAAGAUCAUUUGAGGAAGCUGAAGAAGAGGGUGAUAAUAUAAGAUUACAUGAACCAGGAUAUCAAAAGAGAUAUUAUGAAACCAAAUUUCAUUGUAGGACAGAUGAAGAAAUUGAAAAAACAAGAAGAGAAGUGGUUAAAAGUUAUAUUGAAGGUAUUUCAUGGGUUGCUCAAUAUUAUUAUCAAGCAUGUCCUUCGUGGACUUGGUUUUAUCCUUAUCAUUAUGCUCCAUUCGCAGCUGAUAUGACUGAUUUACAUGAUUUGUUUCCAGAAGGUGUUAAAUUUAAAUUAGGUAAACCAUUUAGACCAUAUGAACAAUUAAUGUCUGUUUUACCAGCAGCUUCAAGUCAUGCAUUACCUGAAGUAUUUCAUGAUUUAAUGAAAAAUCCAGAUAGUGAAAUUAUUGAAUUUUAUCCUGAAGAAUUUGAAAUUGAUAUGAAUGGUAAAAAAAUGAGUUGGCAAGGUAUUCCUUUAUUACCAUUUAUUGAUGAAACAAGAUUAUUAAAAGCAGUUCAAGGUAAAUAUAUAGAAUUAACUGAAUAUGAAGAAAAAAGAAAUACAAAUAAAGAAGCUGAAUUAUUUAUAUCAAAUCAAAAUAAAAAUUAUAAAAAAUUUGUUGAAGCAUUUUAUGAAGAUCUGAUGGAGUCAUUAAAUUUUAAAUUUGCAAGAUCAGGUUUAGCUGGAAUUGCAAUUAAAUAUUCUAAUUUUACAUUAGAAGGAUAUUUUAAAUUUCCUUUAAAAGAAGGUAAUAUGCCAAAUGUAGAUCAUAGAGAUUAUUUACAAAUUGUAUAUCAAUUUCCUGAAAAAAAGAAAGGUAAAUCAAUGUUAUUGAAUGGGUUUAUACUGUCAGCUCCAGCUUUAACUAGUGCUGAUAAAAAUGAAAUUAUUUAUAAAUUAUCAUCUGGAGAUAAUAGAAGUGCAGGUCACUUUAAAAAUAAUAAUAAUAUUAAAAAUAAUGAUUAUGUUAAUACUGGACCAAUUGGUAAAGAAAUUUAUAAAGUUUAUGGUAUGAGAAGAGGUGGGUAUAGAUCACAAGUACAAUCAUUGAAAGAUAAAAAUAAUAAUUUUCUGUAUAAUGGUCAAAAUUUACCAAAAAGACCACCACAACAAAACUAUCAACAACCGUAUCAACAAAAUCAAUAUCCACCACAACAAUACCCACAACAACAAUAUUCUCAACAAUAUCCACAACAACAAUAUUAUCAACAACAACAUUAUUCACAAAAUCAUUAUCAAGCAUACCCACAACAACUGUAUAACAAUACUUAUCAAAAUUAUAAUUCUGGACAAAACGCACCUCCAAGAACAAAUGGAUAUUUGCCACCUAAAAAUAGAAAUGGUUAUAAUGCGUAUAAUGGAAACAAUUACAAUGGAAACAGUUAUAAUAGAAAUGGUUAUAGGAGUUAA